AACAAAUUGAAGCUUCUAAUACCCUUGAAACUGCUAAUACCACUGAAACUGUUAAUACCAAUACAGCAACUACUAAUAGAAAUCUUAAAAAAAGAUAUUGUGCUAAACGUAUUGAUAUGAAAGCACUAAUUUUUUUGGCAGCUGUUAUGGAGUAUAUGACUGCAGAAUUACUUGAAUUAGCAGGCUAUGUGGCUCAUCACAACAAGAAAAAAUACAUUAUUCCACAACAUUUACAACUGGCAAUAAAACAUGAUAAAGAAUUUGAUAUAUUAUUAAAAGAUGUAAUAAUUCCUGAAGGUGGAGUUUUACCACAUAUUCGUGCAAAAUUGCUUCCAAACAAGAAAUAUACAAAAUGA